GUCAAACUUUUCGUGCUCUCCGACGUGCAUGUCGACUACAACCCCAACAUGCAGUGGCUGGAAGGAUUACGAUCGCACAAGGAAGACGGCUGUGUUUCAAUCCUCAUCCUGGCCGGAGACGUCGCUUCCAACCUUGAGAAGCUAGAGCGUUGCUUCACGACGCUGAGGGAGAAGUUCGACGAAGUAGUCUACAUUCCUGGCAACCACGAGUUCUGGAUCAACCAGGGGCAUGAGAGCAGGAGCCUCGUCAACUCCCUCGACAAGUUGGAGCAGAUCCUCGAGGUUUGCCGUCAGCAAGGCGUCCGUGCGAACCCCUGCCUCGUAUCGCUCGAGGGCCCAGACAGCAGGGGCGACCGGAGGAGGAGCGACCUCCUCCUCCUCCCCCUCUUCUCAUGGUAUCACGCGAGUUGGGACAAGGAGCCUGAGCUCCCGCCCUCCGCGUAUGAGUCGAUCAAAAUCAAGGGCCUGCCUGCUUUCGAGGAGAGGUGGGCUGAUUUCCGCUACUGCAAGUGGCCGGAGGUUCCGGACCAGGGGCUUGCCGACAUGUUCGCCAAGCUCAACGAGCCCUGGGUUGAGAUGUUUGCUACUGUCAAGAGCAAGAGGGAGAGCAUCAAGGUCAUCACCCUGUCGCACUUCGUGCCCCGACAAGAGCUCGUCCCCGAGAAGCGCUUCUUGAUCACUUCGGAGCUGCCCAAGGUCGUGGGAUCUGAUCUGAUAGAGCGACAGCUCCGUCAAGUCAAGUCCGACCUUCAC